AUGUGCUCUGGACGUCAAUCUCGCUAUCAUACUCGCUCGCUAGGGCUGCCGGAAGACUAUGCAUCAGCACGUGGCGAAUUUGUCGCAGAGGAAUGA